AUGAUCUAUUCCACAUCGUCAAUCUCCCUUCCUUUCCGCUUAAGAUGAUUUAUGCUGAUCUUAAGGUAAUUGAGACUUGAACUUAUUACUUCAGAAUUGCAUUUAGUUCUGUACCUUUGUGAGUUUCUUCUUCUUCUUCUUCCUCAAAUGGCCACUCCAUUUCUCAAUGGAGCAAAAAAUCUCAACCCCAAUUGUGGGAUAAGCUCAAACAACCUUAACGUCCACAACAGAUGUCGUUUUCCCAACAAAACCAGAUCAGUUUUAGUACCCAGAUGCAGUAGCAGUAGUAUCUCAUCAUCAUCAACUUCGAGGCCGGCUUCUCAGCCCAGAUUCAUACAGCACAAGAAAGAGGCGCUUUGGUUCUACAGGUUCUUAUCCAUUGUCUAUGAUCACAUCAUAAAUCCUGGCCAUUGGACCGAGGAUAUGAGGGAUGACGCCCUUGAGCCUGCUGAUCUCAAUGAUAGGAAUCUGACGGUUGUUGAUGUUGGUGGUGGGACCGGGUUCACUACUUUGGGAAUCGUGAAGCAUGUUGAUGCUAAGAAUGUUACUAUUCUUGACCAGUCCCCUCACCAGCUCGCCAAGGCUAAGAAGAAGGAAGCCUUGAAGGAGUGCAGGAUUAUUGAAGGGGACGCUGAGGAUUUGCCUUUCCCAACUGAUUAUGCUGACCGAUAUGUUUCAGCUGGAAGUAUUGAGUACUGGCCGGAUCCACAGCGUGGAAUUAGAGAAGCAUACAGGGUGUUGAAGAUAGGAGGGAAAGCUUGUGUAAUAGGUCCUGUAUAUCCAACCUUUUGGUUGUCUCGUUUCUUUGCAGACGUGUGGAUGCUCUUCCCUAAGGAGGAGGAGUACAUUGAGUGGUUUAAAAAGGCCGGCUUCAUUAAUGUUCAGUUGAAAAGAAUUGGCCCGAAAUGGUACCGUGGCGUUCGCCGUCAUGGCUUGAUCAUGGGCUGCUCCGUGACCGGUGUAAAGCCCUAUUCCGGCGACUCCCCUCUUCAGCUUGGUCCAAAAGCCGAGGAUGUGACGAAGCCGGUGAAUCCGUUCGUGUUCCUCCUGCGAUUUGUUCUCGGUGCAAUCGCGGCAACUUACUAUGUCCUCGUUCCGAUUUACAUGUGGAUCAAAGAUCAAAUUGUUCCAAAAGGAAGGCCUAUCUAAAACGGGUGGAAAAGAGAGAAUGACUCUCACCAUUCCUUUAUGCUCAAUUGACUCAUUGGAAUGGUAUGGUUUUUUUUUUUUUUUUUUUUUGUGACCGCUUUUGUUAGUUAACCAAACAUGUUUCCCUUUCACUUCUUUUAGGCUGUAAGUAGUAGUGACAAAAUUUUAGAUUUUGUGGGACCUAAGGAAAUUGGUAAUCUGCUAUAAUUUUAUUUUUCUUGUACAGCAUCUGCUCCAAGAGGCAGGUAAGCUGGCUUCUUUUUUUUGUUUCUUUUUUUUUUUUUUUUUUU